AAGAUUCUUUAGAAAUUUUCUUUAUUACAAGUAUAUUCAAGUGGCUGAUGAGAAUAAUUUUCUUCACUUUUCAGGGUCACUCAUCAGAGGUACAUUCUGUUUGUUGGGAUACAAAUGGAGAUUAUUUAGCAUCUGUUAGUCGAGAUUCCGUCAGAGUUUGGUCGAUCGCUUCGGGAGAAUGCAUUCACGAGCUCAGUUCCAGUGGAAAUAUGUUCAAUUCUUGCGUUUUUCAUCCAAGCUAUUCCUCACUCUUGGUUCUCGGCGGUUACCAGUCAUUGGAGCUGUGGAACAUGGCUGAGAACAAGUGUAUGACAAUGCCCGCGCACGAAUGCGUGAUUUCAUCGUUGGCUCAAUCACCAGUAACAGGAAUGGUCGCAUCGGCGAGCCACGACAAAUCUGUCAAGAUAUGGAAGUAAGAACACAACUUCUCUGGCAUUAGUUGAGUCAUUUCUGAUUAUACAUAAGUCUAGUAGCUUUUUUCUUUUCCAUUUUUCUCAAAACUGCAGCUAAAAGGCUGAAAAUGGAAUUUUUAAAAGUUGAAAAAAAAAAAAAAAAA